GGUGCAGCGAACAAGGGUUGGGCGGUUACACGCUGAUUCUGCUGGCCUCUGCGACCCAGUGAGAGAGAAGAGACAGGGCCCCCGAUCGGACGCGCCCGUCGGAGCAUUGAUAAGGGAUCUGUUGGUCAGACUGUCUGUCAGACCGAAUCCAACCUGACGGUCGCGGUUUGCCACAGCGGUCUUCUGGCGGCGGUGGUUACUGGAAGAGGCGCAUCAGGCCGAUUCUGGUGAACCUGACCGCAUUCUAACUCCGGACUCCAGGCCAGUUGGAAAACCAGCGGAUAGCCGAGAUCUGGGGUGGAGGGGAAAGACAGGGCAGGUUGAUAUGACGAUCUACUUACAGAGCAGAUGAUUGAGAUAGUUAGAGAUGUGUCUGCUCCCCUGCCCUCCCCUCCAGGCUCCAGCCAAGGCAGAUUGGAGCGACCCAAUCCUCCGGCCGUGAUUGGCGGCCAGGCGCCGAGUGUCCGCCCCACCGGAGCUGGCCGUGUCUUGCCACUGUGCCAGACUGCCAGAGCCACUCCCAGCCGGCGAGCUGUCUGUUCGAUGCUAUCAGAAUCUGCAAUACUUGCGAUGCUCUGCCAGUCUGCUAUCUAGUGCCAGCAUGGCCAACUGCCAAGCCCCCGCUGGCGCCCGUCAUGCCACGGGGGCGAACCUGGCAUGACUGACUGGCAUGGCGCGACUGUUCGGGCGCACUUAUCUAUCUGGGAUCAUCAGACGGCGGGCUCCACCCUCAGACCGUUUGAAGUUUUG